UUAACUGUUUUGAGUAUUGUUCAUCGUCAGUCGUCUGUCCCCGUGUGAACACUAUUUAUAUCGCAUCGAAACUAUAUAACUUCGCUACGCCGACCGCGACCGCCGACCAAGGAUUGUCCUUCGGAGUUCCGUUUCACUUCACGUAAUCAGAUCACGAACAGAGCACCGAUCCAUAAACCCAGAUUGCCGUAUUGUGGUGUCAACAUCUCUAGCCAAGUAACUUCCUAGGACCAUGGGGCAAGUUUACAUCAAAACCAUGCAGGAUCUGGCAAACAAGUAUGAAAAGGACAUCAAGAAAGACCUGGCGAAGCUCCAGGUUCUCCGAGAUCUUGAUCUGUUCGUUCUGGACAACUCAAUCCGUGAGAGCACCGUUGGGCAGCUCAGGGGCCACACCCUGGAGAGCAAGUGGCAGAUUUAUGAUGAAGUAAGGCGAUGUGGCUUCACUAACAUCAUCGUAGCAUCCUUCUCCCAUAUGACCCGGGUAGAUGACGUCUUCAUCCAGCAACUCGUAGAGAAAGGAGAGGACCGCAACAAUCUCUUCGCGUUUUCCGAGAUAACAGAACAUAAGAAGAACCGCAUUCCAGACACAGAGACGGUUCCCAUUGCAAUGAGGAAGCUCAAGAGCCUAGGACUGUGGAACACCAUCCUGGAGGUGGACCUCAGUGAUGGAGUGUAUGACUUCACCAAGUUCACUAUGGAUGACAUGUGCUCACUCAUCAAGAAGUGGAUCGAAUGGGUCCAUGAGAACCUGAACAAGGACGCCAAGGUAUUGAUCAACCUGAGGGACAUGACAGAUGUCAUGCCCACCCACCCAAUCAGGGUGUUCAAGCUGGUAGAGUACCUGGCCAAACUGCCUGAAGACAUCCGACCGUUCGGAGUGUUAUUUGAAGAGGCCAAGGGGUCCUGCCUUCCGGAGGAGUGUGGUGAAUGGGCAAAGUAUAUCCGGCAUAUCAUGAAUAUGCAUAAAUGGCCCGGGAAACUGCUGGUGCACGUGCACGAGAAGUACGGAUACGCUGACGCAGCUCAACUAGAGGGUUUAAUGAAUGGCUGUGACGGCACGUGGGGUAGUAUCUGUAUCGAGGGCGCCGCCCUGGGCAACGCCUCCACCUGCGUGACCAUGAUGAACCUCAUCCGCCAGGGAAACAAGAAAGUCCUUAAGAAGUACAACUGCACCUACCUGAGGAAGGCUGCCAUUAAUGUAACCAAGAUCACAACUGGAGAAGGACCCCAUCUGAAGCAGCCAGUAUACGGCGAGAGGUCUCUGGACGUUGUCUUCAAUCUGGACAAGGAGGAUUUCGACCUGGCGGAAUUCUUUGGUGUGGAGGCACCGCAGAGGAUAACACCUCUGGCAUCGGAUGAGAUGAUACAGAUGCGACUGGUCACACUCUUCGGAGAAGACGAGCAAUUUACAACCGAAAUAGCGCAUAAGAUGAAAGAGGUCAUGCUGGAAGAUCUUAAGAGCAACCGAAAGGAAGAAUACAUGAGUGUUGUGGGACUUUCGGUGUUAUUCGACCGGUCUGGUGGAAAAAUCACCGAGACAAUGAGGGACGCUAUCGAGCAGAUGGAGCUCAACAGUAAUCAUGCCGAGACCCUGAUCAAGGACAUCCGCGAGACUUGGGACAUCUGGGACAUGAAGGACGAAGUGCAGGGAGAUGACAUGCUGGAAUAUGACUCUUUCUACAAUGGCUUCAUGGCACCAUACUUCUCCUGCUACCGCUGUUCAGAAACGCGUCAGGCUCUACAGGCUAUCGACAUGGAUGCGGACGGGCAGGUCGACUGGAGCGAGUUCCUGGUUUACCUCAAGUGGGCCCUUCACCAGUAUCCGAACAUCAGGACCACACAGGAGCUUCUGGACACCACGUUCCGUAAAGGUAUCAUCCCUGCCAUGCGAGAUGAGAUACUUCGUGAGAAGUAACAAUAAAAGGACUGGUACAAAUCAGAAGUCUAACCCCGCCCAAUGGAUUCACAAACUUGUCUCCGUAUCUUCCCAUGUAGAGACUGAUACAAAUCUGAAGUUUUUUCACCCACGAUACUUUAUUGUUAGAGAAGGAGUGUUAGGGUAUUGUUGGCUGCAGAGCUAAUACCGUCACAUUGAGCUAUAGGUUAAUAAAUAGGUUUAAUUUGUGAAUACCUUGAGAUAAACCCGUAUAAGAACUCAAGAGGCAAACAGUAGUACAAAACAAACAUCAUACGAGGUUACUUUAAAAGUCACCUGGAAGUGGUAUUUGGUAAGAAUAAAGCUUUUGUUACUAAUAUAGGUGUUUUGAUGAGUGGAAUGUGAAUAAACAGU